AACUCAGCUGUGUCCGUCAGCUGGUUGUCCAAACAAGGGAAUGAACACGGUCGUCCUUUUACAUCCACAAAAUACGAAUGUACAGCUGAGAAAAUGAAGAAAAACAAGGGAAAGGUGAACACCACUGAGAAGGAGUUUGUGUUUGGGUUCAGGGCAGGGAGGAAUGACUGUGUCCUCAAAGUACCUCUGCAAUUCCCUGUCCAAGAAAAUGUCAGUGACCUUCAUGGACGACUUAUGCUGCUGCACAAAAUACCUUGCUUUGUUGAGAAUGAACUGAGGAGCACACUGUCCAUGUUUAUUGAGAGCGAAACCAUCCAGGACUAUGACAGAGAAGCAGAGUUGGCCCUACAGAGACUGACAACAGGAGAGGUGGACAUCAACCAGCUUACAAACACAUGGGCCAAGACCUACUCAGAGACUACACUGGAACAUGCUCGUCCUGAGGAGCCCAGCUGGGAUGAGGACUUUGCAGAUGUUUACCACGAGCUCAUCCACUCCCCGGCCUCUGACACUCUGCUCAACCUGGAACACAACUACUUUGUCAGUGUCUCAGAGCUCAUCAGUGAGCGAGACAUGGAGCUGAAGAAGUUACAAGAGAGGCAGGCAACAGAGAUGGACAAAGUCAUGCAAGAACUGGGAAAGACCAUGACUGACCAGGAUGUAAAUGCAGUUGCAUCUCAACACUUCGAUGCCCAGCAGGUGCUGGAGAACAAGUGGGCCAAUGAACUGAAACAGGUGACUCAUAUUCAGAAGCAGGAGUAUCAGGAGUGGGUGAUCAAACUGCACCAGGACAUGCAGAACCCCAAUAACAGCACUAUUAAUGAGGAGAUCAAGGUGCAGCCGAGCCAGCUGACAGAGGAGUCUGAGCCUGGGGUCAGGCUGUAUGAGGAGCAGCGACAGCUGGAGGAGAGCUUCACCAUCCACUUAGGUGCACAGCUGAAGACAAUGCACAACCUGCGACUGGUGCGGGCGGACGUACUGGACUUCUGUAAGCACCGUCGCCAUGGCAGCAGAGGGACCAAGCUGAGGCGGCUGCAGACUGCUCUGUCUCUCUACUCCUCGUCCCUGUGUGGCCUGGUAUUGCUGGUGGACAACAGGGUCAACUCCUACAGUGGCAUCAAGAGAGACUUUGCCACAGUAUCUAAAGAGUGUACAGACUUCCACUUCCCUCGGCUGGAGGAGCAGCUGGAGGUUGUCCAGCAAGUGAUGCUUUAUGCCCGGUCUCAGACCAGCAAGCACAAAGACCAGCCUGAGGUUCCUAGGAAUGGAAGUAGUUGUGAAGAUAAGAACCAAAAUGUGGAAAAGAAUUCUUCCAAUAUCUUACCAGGUGAAUUCUACAUCUCCCGCCACUCCAACCUGUCUGAGGUCCACAUAGUGUUCCACCUGUGUGUGGAUGACAAUGUCCGCUCAGGUAACAUUACGGCCCGGGAACCUGCCAUCAUGGGCCUGCGCAACAUCCUCAAGGUCUGCUGCACGCAUGAUGUCACCAACAUCACCAUCCCUCUGCUACUGGUCCACGACAUGUCAGAGGAGAUGACUAUCCCAUGGUGCCUGAGGCGGGCUGAGCUGGUCUUCAAAUGUGUCAAAGGUUUCAUGAUGGAGAUGGCAUCGUGGGAUGGGGGGAUCUCACGGACAGUCCAGUUUCUAGUUCCACAGAGUAUCUCUGAGGAGAUGUUCUACCAGUUGAGCAACAUGCUGCCUCAGAUCUUCCGUGUCUCGUCCACCCUCACACUCACCUCCAAACGCUGACGGAGACACAGGGCCAAUAAUGGAGGCUUGGCAACUGUCAACAUCAUGCUGUUUUUGACAGAUUCUACAGCCUCUUCCUCAUCAUGCUAUAGCAAUUAGCAUUUUAGUCUUGCAGUCUGUGGUUAAGUCACAGUUGAGUCUACCAUCAUGAAAAUAAACUAACCAAAGGAGUGACUGUACUCUCAGAUUGUUACAGCAUUCCAGUCAAAAGUAUGAGAUUCAGUGCUUUUGUAUUGCAAUGAUUUUACAAUAUAGAGAGGGGCCUCAAGAGUUUUGAUAAUUGAGUUCCCUCUAACCUAUUUAAAUAGUUGCAUUUUACAGAGGUUAGUGUGAUGGAUGACUGUCAAUAGAUUUAGCGAUGCCUGCAUAAUUGGCAUCAUCUUAGGGCAAGGUGACAUCAUCUUGGCCCAUCUUCCCAAAAAAGAUGGAUUGUGUUGUUGCCGAGGCAAGCAUUAUGCAGGUGUGUGUGUGUACUGCAUUGCAGUGAAUCAGUGAACUUUUUGUCAUCUCACUCCACCCCAGUAACAGCAGAGGGCACUGUUCUCAGAGAUAAAGAAGCACUCUGAUAGAUGAUGUUUUAUCUACUCCGUGCCAAAACAUUGAUUUAAACAUUUACUAUGAGACACAGAAAGUUUGUUUCUUAUGUUGUUGCAGCCUAAACUCUAUAGCCCAUACCCCUGAAUGUUUGCCCAACACAUGUUCAGCACUUCUCAACUCAUUUUUGAUGUGGCAUUCCAAUUGACUGAUCACAACUUACUGUGCACUGAUCAUAAUGUACUGUUUACACACAUCUUUACUAUAUGUUUUUAGUCGAAAUGUAUGUAAAAAGUGUUUAAUGUGACUAUAUCCUAAAUCUUCUCUUUGUGAAAUAAUGUUUCAGAUUUGACAUUUGUUAGUUUUUUUUUACUGGGCUUGUAAACAUUGGAGUAUAGCCUACCCCAUAUUGCAGUUUGUGCACAAUUUAAUUUACUGUUUGAGUAGUCCACGAUCGACUAAUCUACCUGAAGCUAAUAUGACAUGGUAAUUACAUUCUUCCAUGUCUGUUUUGAAGUAAGUCAUUUUAGUUGGAUGAAAUAAUUGAUGCUUGUCAGAGGUUUGCCUGCUAUGAUGAACAGCAAUAGUAUUAAGAUGAUUAAACAGAUCAAGUGCACCAUCAAAAGUGUCUUUCAAGGGAAAAACAGAUGGCUGUGGCCAUUCACCUCAGAGCUCCCAAGUCGGUGUCGUGUUAACCUGCUGUACUGUUUAUACCGUACUGCAGUGGUGAGAACCUGCAAAACCCUACGGAAAUGUGUGGCAUUGGUCUCGGUGGCCUUAAGUAUUGGGUUCCCUGGGGCAGAGGGACCAUGGUGCCGACUCGGCAGCAUCAUUCCCCGGCCGGACCCCGUGCCUGUCCCCUCUCCCUAGUGUUGUGUGCAGCAAGGCAGCCUGGCCAUCAGAGCAACACACACACACACACUCACAGGUCCUUUGACGAGGACAGCAAAUCCCUGGAACAGUUGACCCCCUAGGGGGCUGAUUGGCUGAUCAGGUUCCUGGGUUCAGGUACAUACAACAGUGAAACCUACAGUACAGGGCCCUAUUCAAUCAAAGCUGCAAAUAAUUGUUUCCGAAGACAUGAUUCCUCUUGCACAGCAAGAAAUGCAUGAAUCUGAGAUUAUUUAAGUUUCACACUGUUGAUUGAUGGGAAAGUGGGGCUUCUUCUCUACCAAGCAGGAUUCAUAUUUAACUCCUCUGAGAAUUAACUUGUACUGUAUACUUGAGCUUAUAUCUUUAUUAAAACAAUUUAAUAACUGCU